ACUAUUCCGUCGCAAGCGGAUGGCUACAGCAUUACGGUAACUACGAAAGUCUGCACUCUCGGACAGUGUGCAGAGGGAGGUGUAGCCAAAGUUAUGAGUAGUGGACUGAUACUAGCCGGCGUUGGUUUGGCUGCUGUAGGCUUUGGUGCACGUUAUUUAGUGAGGAAUCAAGCAUUAAUCAAGAAAGGUCUCGAAGCUCUCCCAGGUGGAGUGGUUGUUCGCCAUAGCGCAUUGCGCCGUCGAAAAUCAACGAGCGAAGGACUUGCUAGAGUCGUCAAAAACGUGACGCACAAUUCGCUUGUAUUCUAG